GACAAAACGGAAGGAGGAGAUCAAGUUGGGCCGAGAAGAGACCACGUUUAGCCCGCACCAGUUUCCGUUCGUCUUCUAGGGCUUUCUCCGUUCCCUCGAUCGUUUUGUUGUUUCGCCGGAGGCGGAGGCUUUGGAAAUCUAGGGUUUCUCUUCGCCGGUGAUCGAAAGCCAUGGCGGGAAAGGAAGUGCGGGAGUACACCAACCUCAGCGACCCCAAAGAUCGGAAAUGGGGGAAAGGGAAAGACAAGAUCGACGACGAGGACGUCACCUUCCAACGGAUGGUGGCUAAGAUGCAGGAAGUUGCCGGUGAACGUGGAGGCUACCUUCAUGGGCGAGGCGCUUUGGACAGCGAUGACUUGCUAUAUCUUAAAGAACAAAUGGAAGCCGAGGAAGAUGCCGAGCGUCUUCUACGGCGCACUGAAAAACGGGCAUUUGCUGCAUUUAAGAAAGCUGCAAGUUUGGCGGACUCCUCACCUGCACCUUUGCCCCUGCCACUUCGGGUUGAACCGAAGCCAAAGAGUGGCAUAAGGCAGCAAGAUCUCUUGAAAAACAUCAUUGGAAUCAAACCUAAGCGGCAGAAGGUUUCGAGCCCUGGUUCUUUGCAACCUGAGCAUUCCACCCAAUCUUUCCCUGGAAGAGUUGCGUCACCUGCAGACAGUGAAGGAAAGCUUGGGAAGAAUCUAUCUCCCACGAGGCCAUGCGAAACACAGAAAAGUUCAUGCUUGGUGGCUGCCGUUGGGGUGCACAAGAAACAGGAAGAGCAGGAGGGUAAAGAUCCUUCCAUGAAAUCAAAGGGUGCAGAGGAUGCAGUUAAAAGUUUGCUAGGUUUAGCUUAUGAAAGUUCCGAUGACGAAUGACCAGAGAAAAAAUAUGCAUGCAAUUUUGUUGCAUCUCAUAAAAUUUUAGGCUGUUUGUUUUUCAGUUUUAAACCUUGUUGACCUAUUUAUGUAAUGUGAGGAAUGUUGGUGGUAAAUAGGAGACUGCUUUUCUCAAAAAAUUAUUCCUCUUUUCCCCAAACAUCAUAUUUUAUUUGAUGAACAAAAAGUUAUGGCUCUAUACAUGGC